CGAUCACAAUUGCGAGUUUACCCAGCAUGCCGCAGCUGACAGCGCCUCCGACGCCCACUCUGCCCAGCUCGGCUUUCAGGUUAUCAAAAGAGCAUUUGAUGGUAGCGUUGCCAGUCGCAGUGGUUGCAGCUGUUGGGGGAUUCCUACUCAGCCAUUACCUGUCCGGGCGGCGCUGUAAAAAGGGGCAGGUGAACACGACCGUCAGCAAAGACAGUCCCAAAGUGGUCCACAGCUUUGACAUGGAGGACAUCGGCACCAAGGCUGUGUACUGCCGCUGCUGGAAGUCAAAGAAGUUCCCUUACUGUGACGGAGCACACGCCAAACACAACGACGAGACUGGGGACAACGUCGGGCCCCUCGUCAUCAAGAGGAAGAAUAAUUAAACGGAUUAAUCGCACAACUCCGGUCUCUCUUGACGUCCCAUGACCCCCCCCCCCCCCCGCUGUUUUUCCAUUCUGCAUCUCAAGUGCAAUCACCAAAGCCCAGAAAAGAGACUCAUGAUGCUGCAAAUAGUCUAAAUGUUGACCUCAGUCCUUCAACCCUGUUUUUUUCAUCACAUUUCACGACAUUGCGAAUUGCUUUCUGUUGCAUUUUGAUGUGUUUUGGACAAAAUUGUUAUCACCCCUGUGCAUGGACAUUGUAUGCUCAUGUCUGGCGUCUUCCUUGGAGCAGGUGGUUGAGACACAAUGACCUGGCAGCUCUUUGCCUCAGGUAGCCCAGGAAAUAGUCCUCUACAGGUAAAAAUCUAAGAAUCUUCACCUUGAGAAGCUGUUCCAUUAGAAGGAUUUUGGGUGUAAUAAAUUCAUUGCAUCU